AUGCAUUGCAACGUGCCUGGGUUUUGUUCACAGUAAUCACAGAUCAGUACUUUGACAGGUAAGGUGUAUCAAACAUUAUAUGGCAUCAUGGAAAUAUUUUCCAAAAAAUGUAACUGCAGAGUCCAGAUCACGUAAGUGGGACUUUCUUUACCUGGAACAACAAUACUCAUAGAAUAAGUAAAGCAGCACAACGUUACUAUAGCAGUGUUGUUAUGCUUAUUUUCAGUCUGACAGGCCCAGACUGGUCCUGAAUUCCAGCUGCUUUGCGUUUAUUUAGCAAGGUAACAGUUUAUCAUAACAUUUAAACCUGUUGCUGCAGUUGUUCCAAAAGCUUGUCUCAUUGGUUUAUCAGAUACUUUGCUGAUUAAAAAUAAUCAUUUCAAAAAUCCGAACCAUGGAAACAACGUAAUUACACCAGCUUUUUUCACUGCCUGUUUUCUCCAAUUAUAGUAAAUUCACACAUUUAAAAGCUUUUUUUGCAAUAGUAAACAAAAGUAUUAAGAUUUGACUUGAGUAAAAGUGUUAAUACUACAGUGUAGAACUACCCGCUUGUGAGUAAAAAUACUAUAGCAUACCGAUGUAUUAUAUUAUAUUAUAUAAUUUAAAAUAGUGAUGCAUUAAUUUGUUCGUCACAUGUAGCUGGCAAAGGUUCAGGUUCAGGCUCAGGUUAUUUAUUUAUACCCGUAGGUAGAUUUGGUUUGCAAAUAAAAAGACAAGGGAUCCAUCCUGACACUCAAACAACACAAAUAGUCAAGAGACACAUCUCUAAUAAAAGGAAGGGGAUUUGAAUGACUUUAUAAAUGAGUGGAUUAAUUUAGAAUAAUAUAGGGUAAUCUAUUUACAUUACAUUAUUGAUAGAACAUAAAUAAAUCCAAAUAACUUGAGCUUUAAAAUGAUAAGUGGGGUAAAAAACAAGUAUUUGAGAAUGUACUUAUUAUUCGCUUCGUGGUUACUGCUAACCACUGAAUGUAAAGUCUGGGGUUAUCUUUUGGUUUUCAUUUGCUUUAUUUUUGCCUUUUGAGUUUCUAUCAGUAGGCCUAUUACACCUAAAGCCUGCUACAUACGUCACCCAAUGGUACGAAGGCCAUAACAGAUAUUGUCAGAGUAUUAAGUGAAAACUCCUCAGGGCUGCAGGCGGGGGGAGGGUGGAGCCAGGACAAGUGAACACCCCCUUCAGAUGGGGCCAACUAGACUCCAAAUUUGGAAACAACAAGUUGUAACAUUACAGAGGAGACAGGCUAACCUGUCAAGGUGAAAUUAGACGUUAAUGCUCCCCGCGAAUGUACUGGAUCACAUCAGCCAUGGCGAGGUCAAAAGCGAGGGUGUACACUUGCUGUGUAUUGGUGAUGCUGUGCGUGGUGGCUAUUAUUGUUUGUGUUAUCACUGUACUGGCGAGGCACAAAUGUCCAGAUGAUACUUUCUCCACCGCUGCAGUAGCGGCAGACUCAGCAACGUGUUCAAAAAUUGCAAGGGACAUGCUUCAGAAAGGGGGAUCCGCGGUAGAUGGCGCCAUUGCUGCGCUGCUGUGCACCUCCGUCAUUAACCCGCAGAGCAUGGGAAUCGGAGGGGGGUCAAUAUUCACAGUGAUGGACAGCUCUGGCAAAGUGAAAAUCAUCAACUCCAGAGAAACUGUCCCGGGGAAGUUUAAACCUGACCUGCUGGAGACAUGUCCCAAGACCUUCCAGAUGAUUUCAGGUAGCUCAUGGAUCGGGGUCCCAGGGGAAAUUCGGGGUUAUGAGCAGGCACACAAGCUUUAUGGGAAGUUGCCAUGGGCCUCUCUAUUCCAGCCAACCAUCAAGCUGGCCAGAGAAGGUUUUCCUAUUCCUGUGAUCCAAGCUCGAUACAUCCCCCACAUUAAUACCAACAACACAGAGCCACUAAGAAAGUUGUUCUCAGAUAAGAAUGGGAACUUGCUGAAGGCUGGUGAUAUAGUGAAGUUUGAGAAACUGGCUGACACUCUAGAGACGAUUGCAAACGAGGGAGCAGACGCCUUCUACAACGGAAAAAUAGCAGAGGAUUUAAUCCGUGACAUACAGGAGGCAGGAGGAACACUCACGGCGCAGGACUUGGCAUCGUAUAAAGCUACAGUGACGGAUGCGUACGAGAUUACUUUGGGAGAGUACCAGAUGUACUUCCCCCCGCCCCCUGCAGGAGGAAUUAUCCUCAGCCUCAUCCUGAACAUCAUGAAAGAAUACAACUUGACUCCUGCAACUUUGGAACAAAAGGAAGAAAAGACACUGGCGUAUCAUCGCAUUGUUGAAGCUUUUAAGUUUGCCAAUGUAUUAAAGAAACACAUCCGUGAUCCAGCGUUCAGCUCAGAAGAAAUAGCCAAGAAAUUCACAGAGGACAGCUUCGCCAAGCACAUAAGGAGCUUGAUCAGCAGCAACGGGACUCAUGAUCCACAGUAUUACAACAUCACCCCGUAUCUGGACAGCAUGGGCACCACCCAUGUGUCGGUGCUAGCAAAGGAUGGAUCCGCUGUUUCUGUCACCAGCACCAUCAACCACAUAUUUGGCUCCAAGGUCUUCUCUCCGAGGACUGGAGUCAUUUUCAACAACGAGUUGUCAGACUUCUGUGGGCGAGCUGAUAAAAUCUUUACUGGGGAGCAGCCUCCUUCCUCCAUGGCCCCUGCUGUGCUGAAGUCUCCGUCCAGGACUCUGGUGAUUGGAUCGACGGGUGGGAGCAUGAUCACCACUGGGAUGGCCUCGGCCCUCAUGAACCACCUCUGGUUUGGGAAGAGCCUCAAGGAGGCGAUUGCUGCUCCGGUUUUUUUUGUCAAUGCUAUGAAUUCAGUAAAGUUUGAAGUCCACUUCGAUCAGGAAGUAAUCAAGGCUCUGAAUGCCCUUGGACACAAACAGUACGAUGACAAGAUUUUCUAUAACGUAGUGAAUGCUGUGGAGAAGAAGGAUGGCUGCAUCUGCGCCGUGUCUGACGCCAGGAAGAUGGGAGAGGCAGCCGGGUACUGAGACCAAGAGCGGCUAACAUUGGUUAGGCAGGAGGGCAUGAAGGUUAUGGAGACCUUCUGCAACACAGAUGGUGUUAAAUCAUUGAACAUAUCACCAAAUACCAGGCCUCUGCAGAUGAACACUCACUAGCAGCAGUUAAACACGUGGUGUGGGAACAUGACUGUAACAGCGACAUGAUGGAUUUGACCGUGUGUGAAGAAACCACUGUGACUGAAUGUGAGCUCCUGUGAAUCAACUUAUUCGUACACAUCGUCCCACUUAUGUCAUUAGUUGUAUCUUUAGCUGUAAAAAUAUUUGGUAACAUUUUAUUGAAUGUACAGCAAAUGAAAUAUGGUUAUAGGUAUGAUAAUGAAGUAAAGCUUUUUUUAAUUUGUUUUAUAUUCUAUUUUGAAUGUUGUGUUAAAACAUUGAGGAACAUCCAGAAAUCUACAUUUUUAGAUGCACAUUUCCUGCAAGAUAUCUGUAGUUUAUACCAUAAAGAGAAAUUUCACAAAUGAGCUAAAACUGUUUGGAUUUAUACUUCAAACAUGUGUGGAAGACAUAAUCUCUGCCAUUCUUGUGUUUGACACUUUAAUAGCUGAAGAUGUGCAAUGCAUGGACUUAUUAUUAUAAAGGUCUUGCAAAGAGUAUGUAUACACAAAAAUGUAUGUACAAGUAUUUUAUUUUUUUGGUGUUGCAUUUAUAUUGUAAUAAAUGAAAGCAUAAUUUA